AUGUCGACUGUCACUGCCGUCGAACGUACUUCCCCGUCAUGUCAACCGAUUUCACGUCCCUAUAUUGAGCGCAAAAAUGCCACACCAGGAGAUAAAUUAGCAAAAAUUGCGCGCUUCCUACGCCUUGGUUGGAAAUGCGAGGCUAUCGCGAAGGACCUUCGGAAACCUACAUAUCGGACUUUGGGCCGCGCAAGAAAGCUGUCAGAUGCAGAUGAAGAUGCUAUAUUUGAAUAUCUUCUUCAUGAACCAUGGCGUCAACAAGACGAGGUCCGAUUCUGGUUAUAUUAUGAGCGUGAUGUUGAUGUUAGUACGUCAACAAUAUGCCGAUUAUUCAAGCGUCGUCGAUGGUCAAGGAAACAGCUAAAGCGCAUCUCGUUAAACCGUAGCGAACCCCUUCGCCGUGCCUAUCUCGAUGACAUAUGUCAAUUCGCAGCGGAUGAUCUUGUCUUCCUUGAUGAGUCGAUAUUUAACGAGAAAACAGGCUGGCGUCAACACGCGUAUGCACCCAUUGGAGAUGACGCUGAGAUAGAUGCAAAUAUAAAUCGGGGUAAGACAUGGAGUAUCUGCGCAGCAAUGACACUAGAAGGCUAUCUUCCCUGCACUGGUAUAAAAGAUGGAUACUACAAUGCUGGCGACUUUACGGAUUGGCUUGAAACAAAAUUGAUUCCUGCACUUAGUCAGAUACAGCGAUUCCCAAUGGUUAUUGUUCUUGAUAAUGUCAAGAUCCAUACACGCGAGCAUAUCAGUCAGAUUAUUGAGAGUGCUGGGCAUCUUGUUCGAUAUCUACCACCAUACUCACCUGAUUUUAACCCGAUCGAACUUACCUUCAGCGUGCUCAAAUCAUGGAUAAAAAGGAACUGGAUUUUUUUACGCGAUAUAUGCAGCAAUUACAGCAAAUUUAUAGAACUCUCAAUUCAACGGAGUCGUUGCGAUAGAUUUGCCAAAAAGCACUUCAAGCACGCUGGAAAUGGAGUGUAUAUUAAGGAGAAAGAGCUUGUUGAAUUCCAUCGAUUUCUCGCGCAAUAUGAGGCAGAUCUAAGCGUCAGCUUAGUCAACGAUUGA